GCGACCUGUGACCUUACUCGAACAACAACAAGAAACAUGGCGGCCUCCACUGGUCUGGAACUUCUCUACGCCAGCGUACAAAAUCAAAUUAGAUCGCAGUAUGAUGCCCUCAUUUGUUGUUUGCACUGGAAUAUGGUGCAGAAUGGAUUCAAGUGUGUCGGUGCGGGAGAUAUGGCAACCGGCCAAAAGACUGAGCUGCUUCCAAGUGAGUGGAAUGGGGGAACCGGUGAGGCCUACAACCUGAGAUAUCAACCUGCCGAGGGGACAGACUACUACCUGCUGAAGGUGGUCAGAAUGGACGAUACCCUGCUGGUUCACAUUCUGAGGGAAAAAGAUGAGAGGAUAUCCAAUGUUUCUCUGGAAACUUCCGACUAUGUGGAUGUGGACAACUUGGGAGAUUUUAACCGGAUGUUUAAGAACUUGAGCAAGCUGCAGCAGAAGUUCAAAUCAGAGCUGACGGACAAACUCAAAGCAACCCCAUCAACAAGCUCUAGCUCUACAUCCCGACAGAACCCCAGAGACACACAGUCACGGCAGGACCCCGUGGGUAGGGAGGAUGAUACAGACCCUCUCAGAAUACCCAGGAGACAACCCAACCAAGGUGGAAGACCAGAUUGGGGGCAGCCAAGAAAUCCAUUUGUAGUGGGUGAGGGUGAUUUGGAUCCAUUUAGCGGUGCCCCACCUGGAAUGCUAAUGGAUCCUGCACGGUCAGGCUUCCCUCGGCCUGGAUUCCCAGGAGGGUAUGGGGGAGGACUCGGAAUGCCUGGACCUGGUAGAUUACCAAGGGGUGCAGUGCCUCCAGGUGCCAGGUUUGAUCCUAUUGGUCCACCAGACCCAGACGGCGGUCUUCCAAAUCCGCAGGGACGAUUCCGUGGUGAACCUGACCCAGACCAUGGGCCACCACCAGGAUUUGAUGAUAUGUACAUGUAGGAGUGGAUUACAGUAGUGCUGUUCUCUCACCAGUGGGCAAUGUUAUUAAAUGUAUUUAAUAAUAUUCAAUAAUAUCUAUUAUGUUUGAUAAUAUUUACUAGGACAUUUUAAAGUGAUUAAUUUUAGCAUUGCUGUUCUUUUUCCAGAGGUUCCUUUAUGUUCAAGUUAUUAAUUCGUUGUUAUAGUCCGUGUGAGAAGAACUCGUUCAGAUUCUGCUGUUCUCAUUCCUGUGGGUUGGGUGAAAUAGCCUAAAGAUAAGG